AUGAAUUUGAUAGCCCUCUCGUCGUUUUCAAUUCUUCGGUGGAUAGGAUACACAUCUGAUGCAAUUUCGGUCGAGUUGCACGGUUUCUGUGACGCAUCAGACAAGGCAUACGGUGCAUGCCUCUACAUGCGUUGUACACUGUCGGAUGGCUCAGUAGAAGUUCGGCUGCUGAUUUCCAAAUCGAGAGUAGCACCACUGGAGGAUCUCAAGCGCAACAAAAAGAAGUUAACCACCCCUCGCCUCGAGUUGUCAUCCGCACUGCUCCUCAGUCAUCUGUACUCGAAGGUCAAGCACAGCAUUCGUAUUCCGCACACCGCAAGCUUCUGGACAGACUCGACAAUCGCAAUGCAUUGGUUAUCUUCGCUGCCAUCGAGGUGGCAGAUGUUCGUAGCGAAUCGCGUGUCCGAGAUUCAGCACAUCACGAAGGGUUUCGAUUGGAAUCAUGUCGCUGGCUUGGAGAACCCAGCUGACAUCGUGUCACGAGGGAUGAUACCGGCUCAGCUUCAGUACAGCACGAUUUGGUUUGAAGGUCCACCAUGGCUGCGUCGAGACCGCAGCACCUGGCCGGCGGGAAGUCUUGAGGAAGAUUUCGAGCAAUCACUGCUAGAAGAGCGAAGUGCAGUCGCAAUUCCAGCACAGUCCAAGCAACACAGCGACAUCUUUUCACUUCAUUCCUCUCUAUCUACGCUGAUCCGUAAAUUUGCAUGGAUUCGUCGCUUCAUCCACAACUGCGAAGAAAGACGCAAUGGGUAUCUCAGCCACGCUGAACUCCAAGAAGCUAUGCUAUCAUUAAUCCGUUUGUCUCAGAGGGAAUCGUUUCCGGAGGAGAUUUCUGCACUCCAGAGCGGAAAUGAAGUCAAGCCGUCGUCAUCGAUCAACAGACUCACACCAAUUCUCGUUGAUGGGGUACUGUACGUAGGUGGUCGGCUAUCUAAGGCAUCUAUUCCAGCGAGCCGCAAGCAUCCAGCGAUUCUCAGCUAUCAUCAUCCCCUGGGCAAACUAGUAGUCAUACACUACCACCAGAAAUUGUUCCACGCUGGGCAACAGCUUCUCAUAAGAAGAGUACGGGAGAAGUACUGGCCCACGCAGAUCAGACGAUUAGCCAACACCGUAAUCAACGAAUGCGUGCCGUGCUUCCGCUGCAGACCGAAAGUGUUGGAUCAGCUAAUGGCAGAUUUGCCGUCGGAACGAGUUACACCCGCGCCACCGUUCCUGAAAGUUGGUGUCGAUUACUGUGGACCUUUUCUGGUUGCCUAUCCUAAUCCCAUUCUACUGGCAUAG